AUGGGUGAAGAACUUUCUGGUUUGAGUGCCAAAGAUCUACAGAGCCUGGAAAACCAACUGGAGACAAGUUUGAAAGGUGUCCGGAUGAAAAAGGACCAGAUACUAAAUGAUGAAAUAAAAGAACUGAACCAGAAGGGAAAUCUCAUACAGCAAGAGAAUAUGGAACUGUAUAAGAAGCUAGACCUUGUAGGUAAAGAGAAUGCAGAACUGCUAGAGAAGGGAGGAGACAGGUGA